UAUAACGCCCACACCAAAGUGGCUGUGAAGACCAUGAAGCCAGGCAGCAUGACGGUGAAGGCCUUCCUGGAAGAGGCCAACAUCAUGAAGACCCUGCAGCAUGACAAGCUAGUCAGACUCCAUGCGGUGGUGACCAAGGAAGAACCCAUUUUCAUCAUCACCGAAUUCAUGGAGAAAGGCAGUUUGCUGGAUUUCCUAAAAAGUGAGGAAGGCAAGGAACAGCCCUUCCCCAAGCUGAUCGACUUCUCUGCCCAGGUAUCCGAAGGCAUGGCGUUCAUCGAGCAACGGAACUACAUCCAUCGGGACCUCAGAGCUGCUAACAUUUUGGUGUCAGCCCUCCUGGUGUGCAAGAUUGCGGACUUUGGCCUGGCCCGAGUGAUAGACGACAAUGAAUACACUGCACGGGAAGGCGCCAAGUUCCCCAUCAAGUGGACCGCUCCCGAAGCGAUCAAUUAUGGGUCCUUCACCAUAAAGUCCGAUGUGUGGUCCUUUGGGAUCUUGCUGAUGGAGAUCAUCACCUAUGGACAGACUCCGUAUCCAGGUGUGUAG